AUGGCCUAUAAGGAACAAGGCAGCAGUGGUCAACGGACUUUCAUGGGGACUGUUCGUGGUGGCUACAGCAUUUGUGGCGAUGAGGAUGCUGUCGAGGAUGCAGGCAUUCAAGGGAGCUGGGUGUGGUUGUGUGGAAGUGCUCUUCAGGAGCGACGCGCUGACGGUCUCCGAAUGGACAGGUUCUGGUGGGAUGAUUGGUCUUUGCUGCCGCUGUAUGCCUUGUCAGUUGCGAUGGUGCCUGUAGUCCACUAUGUCGUCUACUAUGGCUUCGGACAGGACAUUUGGGAGCUUCGCGCUGCUGAAGUCAGGAAGUACCUCAUCUGGUUCUACGUCACCCAGCCAAUCUACAUGACCAUCACCUUCGGCAGCAAAAUCUCCCUCCUGCUUCUCUACCUCCGCACCUGGCCGGGUCAGGACUUUCGGACUUUCCGCACCUUGUGUUGGAGUAUGAUCGUCCUGAUCCUUCUAAGCAUCGUGGCGAUCGUGUUGGCCAUGGUCUUCCAGUGCACUCCGAUCCACCUAGCAUGGAGCCUGGACAAACCAAGCCAAGCUGCGCAUUGUACCGAUCGGCCUACCUUGGUGAUUGUCAUCGCGGGGAUCAAUAUCUUAUACGAUGUUGCAGUGAUAUCGCUGCCACCACCAAGGCUAUUGAGAUUGGACAUAUCAUGGAAGCGGAAGCUUGGACUAGUCUUCGUCUUCUGCAUCGGCGCCAUCGUCACAGUAUGCAGCUGUGUUCGCAUCAAGUACAUGUCAAAAUUCGGCACGAGCGAGAAUCUCACCUGGGACUACGUCCCUAUCGGCGUUUGGUCCCUAGUUGAAAUAUACCUCUCCAUUGCCUGCACCUGUGCACCAGCUACCGCCGGACUCCUCAAACGAGCAUGGAACUACGCCAGCGGCCGCCACACCACCGUGACCGAAUACUCCCAUCAGGCCUCCGGUCAUGAACAUGACCCCGGGCUGAAGCGGGUAUUUUAUGGGAUGGCACCACCUUCGGAUGCCUUGGAUGGAGCUGCAGGAGGAGAAGGUAGGGAGGAGUCAUAG